AAUGAAUACGUCGUCGAUAGAGAGCCGAGCGACUCAAAUUUCCAAUGCAGUAUUUUUCAGUCGUCAUGCUUGUUCAGUUGCAGAAUUUAUACCGACCGUAUAGCACCUUCACUGCAGUAACUCUCUCCGUUUUAGCCAACUAUAGCACACGGCACACCAAAUCUAUACGGUAUUUGUUGUUUUUCCCAUUUCUUUUCAUCCGUGUGUCAUGAAAAACUACAAGCGCACACAAAACUAAUUGCACAAACAUUGAAUUCACGUUCAAGGGAGCAGAAAUCAAAAAAGGAAAGUUCUACGCGUUGUUUUGAAGAAAAUAAAAAAGAAAAAUCCUGUCAAAUCAAUUCAUCUUUUGAGAACCAGUAAAAGUGAGAAGAAAAUAAUUUUUUUUUGCAUUAUGAUUCUCUUCCAGGUAAUCGCAGCGGUAUAAAUUCAGUGCAAAAUGAAUGGUACAAUAACAAAGAUUAAAGCAGCGUUUUUUCGAACGAUGUGAAUCACACGAGGGAAAAAUGAACUCUUUAAUAAUCACAAAUGUUGAAAAAACACUCAACAAUAUAGCAACACACAUACAUACACACAAAAACGCCAAUCAUACAUGCAGAGACGUUGUCGUCGUUUAAUCAGUAAUUGACACAAAGUUUUAAUCAAAAUAAAGGACAAAACACGAGAAAAGCAUUUAAACGACGCAGCUAGAGAGAGAAUUAUAUAUAAAAAUUGAUGGUUUUUCAUCACGGAUGCCUCCAGCGAAUAUAUUGUGCGAGAUAACACGUACUCACUUCAUUCGAUGAAUUUUUGAAAGCGUACGCUCUUCACACACACACAUACAUCCAUAAAUUCUGAGUUCCAGAGACACAAGCCUGAAAAGUGCACUACACAAGUGACCAAAAAAUCAACAGCCAGCCAUAUAGCCAGCCAGCCAAACGAAGCUCGCGCAAACAUCAUGAAGAAAUACUUGCAUAAAAGGAUCAAGUUCGUGAUUCCACUGCUGUUGACUAUUCUGCUGGGAGUUGUCGACACUGCGGAAUGGCGUACCAAAGAUGGUUUGGAGGAGGAAUGCACUGAUUUCCAAGGGAAUUCCGUACAGCAUGGUCUGUUGUAUGUUCCUGGCCCAGGCGUUUGUAGCUUAUGUGUUUGUUACCAUUCGGAGCCGCUUUGGUGUAAGGCCAUUUAUUGCGAUCCACCUUAUUUUUGUAAGAAUUUCCGUGUUGGUGAACAUUGUUGCGAAUUUGAAUGCCUUGAUCCACCCGGCGAAGACAAUUUAUAUCAGUGGCGUUUGAAAAAACGGGACGAAAUUCUUGCGGGCAUUGCUGACGCAAAUCAAAUUCUAGCCAAAGCUUUAAUAUUAAUUUUAAGCAUUUCAAGCGUUUUUAUACUGAAUAAAUUUAUGUCCCGACGGUCGUCAUAGCUAUCAUCAGCGUGAUUUUUCGGCGAUGCGGAGCAAACUCACUGACUGAACCAAAAACAACUACACACAAGUUUCAAUUAAUUUGUAAAGCGGAAUGAAAUGUUUUGAGCGAAAUGUUAUUUACUAUGCAUCUAUAGAUUCAAUAUGACAAUUUUUAAGGCUCUAGCCCACGAUUUCACCAAUUAUUGCAACAACAACAACAAAAAUUAUAGAAUGCAGUCUGCAGGACUUUUUAACGAGUAUGAAAAAAAGACACACACACAUACGCGCGCGCGCAUCCAUUCGAAAAAUGAUAAGCACAGAAACAAAAGGUUGUUUUUUGUCUGUGUAGUUCACCUUUCCUGCACCAAAAGAAAAACUCAAUUAUAUUCUGAAUGAAAGCUGUUUAUGGGUAACGACAACAACAAGAACAACAACUGAGGCAAAGUAAACUAUACUAUUUUUGAUAAUAAUGAAUAAAACUGGUUUUAAUUCAUAACAUGUUGCGCGUCAAACAAGUGAAUCUAGCUCCGUUGUAAAUUAAGCACAUUUAUAGUGCAAAAAGAUGUAAGAUAAACAUGUCUAAAGAGGAUAUUAUAAUUUUUCAUUUUCUUUUCACUUUUUGUCUCACUCUGUGGAGAGAAGUUGAACUUCUUCAAAGGCAUUUAAAAGAAAAGUUGCGGUGAACACGAUGAGUUAACCUAUAAAAAUAGAGUGCAUUGUAUUUCGAGUGUGUCAAAGGCAAGCGACGAUGAAUGUUGUAGUAUUGAAAAUGUGACGGAAGUUUUAUCGACAAAAUUGAAAACGGUUUUCAUUGAAUGAAUGUAUACAACAUUUGAUAGAUAGGUAAGACUUUUUAGGUAGACAAAACGUGUCUGGUUGUUUAGACAACCGGUUUACAGUAUAUUUUACCUUCAACUUGGAAACGGAAUCCAUCUUUUAAAUACACUAACAAAAAUAUAAGAGUAACCGAAAAUAAAGAAAACAAUUUUAAUGAUAUGCGGAACACUUUUAUAAGCUUUUCCACAUAAUUUUCAGCUAAAACAAAUGUUACCGCCCCUCCUUUUUCCGAACCAGUAGAUCACUUCUCUUAUUAGCAUCUCUUCACUUAAUUAUGCAUCAACAUAUCAUAAAUUAGACAAAGAGCCGAAUUUUAGUAAUAUUAAAAAGAGUUGAUAGAAGCAACUGAAUGAUUUCUCGCAUUGACAAAGAAAAAUCAAGUCGAAAUAUUUCAAUUAUCUCUGCUUGUCAAACGAUUCAGUUGGGCCAUGAUUCAGUUUUAUGCAUUCACCGCACAUUCUUCUCAGACAAUAACAAUGGAUCAGUUUCUUGUAAUUUUUUUUAAAUACAAUGUUCGCGUUUUUUUAAUGCCAAAGAAACAAAUUGUUCCACUAUUUUAAAAUUUGGUCGAAUAUGGAUAAAGAAACAUUAUAAUUAAGUGUUAUUUGCAAGACAAAAAAGCAAAAAACAGUUCUUAUGCAAUGUUCAUUUUUGAAAAUAAAAUUUAAUAAAUGAGUUUCAUUUGCCUUCUUCUAUAUUCAUUAGAUUCAUGUAAGUCAGCUCAAAACAAAUCGAACCAAAUAAAUUCAAUUGAAUUAAGCAAA